UAAAAUAUUCAAACUAUGGAUUUCUAUUGAUACGGCCAAAUCCGACCAAACCUUCGUGACGCCUUUUCUCCUUCCCAUCUCCCUUCCAAGCGCUUGGCUCGAAGGCGCUCAUGACCUAAACCAAACAAAAGAGAGAGAAGCAAAAAGGGAACCAAGAAGCCCUAAAGAGUUCAGAAGACUGGCUGUAAUUUUGGAUUCUGCGGACGGAAUUUAGGACAUCUGGAGCAGGAGUGAAGUUGGUGUUUGUUUAGGAUUAAUCGGCAAUGGAUAAGAGGAAGGCUUUGUUUCGAACGAAAUUGAGAGAGUCUGCACAGAAACGGGAUAAGCGCAUUGAUUCCCCCCUUGUGAGGUACAAUGAAUAUGAUCAACCAGUUUGCAGAGUCUGUAAUGUUAUUCUGAAAUCUGAAUCACUUUGGCCUGCACACCAAGCUUCCCGAAAGCAUCAUGAGGCUAUUGAGAACGUAAAAGCUAGUGCUGCUGGACUGACUCGUGGCAAUAAUGUAAAUACUGAACCUCCAGCAGAGAUGCAGAAGCCAAGGUCAUCUUCCACACUGCCUGCAAAUUUUUUUGAUAAGCAAGAAGAAAAAAGGCAAAAGACUGAUACAUUUACUGGAGCAAAGAUCCAUUCUGCUAGCUCAUCAGUUGGAUCUGAUAUCUCUGAUCAUCGACAAGGGAAGAAAGAAGUUUCUCCUCCUGUGAGCCAGUCGUUGAGGGUGCCAGAAUCUGUGAAGAAGACUGAUGAGCAGGUUGAUUCAGAGACCAAGGAAAGAAGUGAAACUAAAGAAUCUGCCAAGUUAGGUCAGCCAUCAAAAAGGUUGGAUGACACUAGUGUCAAGAAACUUAAGGGAGCUCUUCCUGAAAACUUUUUUGAUAAAGAGGAAAAAAGUGAAAAUCAGUCUUCCAGACAACAAAGCGAAGCUCCAAGAAAUACAGAUAGUUUAGAAGCCAAGCAGCUAAAGCGAGCUCCUCCUGAUGACUUCUUUGAUAGAAAGGAAGAAAGUGAUAAUAUGCAGUCCAAGCAGCUCAGUCAACCAUCAAAACAGCAGGACAAUCUGGAAGCCAAGCAGGUUAAAGGAGCAUUACCUGAAGGCUUCUUUGAUAACAAGGAUGCUGAUCUCCGUGCACGUGGCAUUGAACCUGUAAAGAUUGAUAUCAAUGAUGCGUACAAAGAAUUUGAGAAGGAAAUCCAGGAUGACUUGCAGGAAGUGGAUGACCGCCUGGAAGAAGAAGAGAUUGAUGCUGCUGAGGAGAGAGAGGGAAUUACGUCUCUUGAGCAACAGGAAUACAGGGAGAAGGUCAAUAUGGUAAAGCAGAAGCUCUUGGAAGCAAAGGCUGCCCGCCUUGCUAGAGGCCAGCAACGUCCUGCAUUCAUGGGUAAGGAGUCGAGUGAUGAGUCCUCCAGUGAUGAAGACGACGACGAUGACGACGACGAUAAUUUUGCUGUGGACUGGAGGGCACAACAUUUAUAACAACUUUUAGCUAUAUAUUUUUAUAUUCAGAAAAAUGUUUCAAUUCCUUCAGGAGCUGGGUGCCAAGCAGUUCUAGGAAUUCAUGUUAAUCAUCUUUCUAGACAGCAGCUGCUCAUGAACUGUAUGGAUGCACGCCCAUGCCCUUCUCGGUAAACUGUCUCUCUGCCUUAUGAGCGAAGCUGCUUGGAAUUUUGACUGCAAAGUUUGUAGGGAUGUUAUCGUUUGAGGAAACUCAUUUCACCAUAAAUUAUAGUAUUAUAACUGCUUAUGAUCA